AUGUUUUCAAGCGUUUACUUCAUGAUGUCCAGCAAGUCAACCUAUACAUUCGACAGAAGCAGGGACAGAGUAGGCCGCCCUGGUUUCUCACCUCAUCAGAAGGUUACUCUUGCACUUCGAAUGAUGGCCUAUGGCUCCCCAACUAAUUCAAUGGAUGAAACCCAUGGUAUGUCUGAGUCUACAUGCUUUGAUACUCUUGAACAAUUCUGUGACACAAUUGUUCAGGUUUACAAAGACGAAUACCUCCGCGAGCCAAAUCAAGAAGAUCUGAAUCGGCUUCUUCGCAAAGCUGAAAAUCGUGGGUUUCCGGGCAUAAUAGGGUCAUUAGACUGCAUACUUUGGGAUUGGAAGAACUGUCCCACCAGAUAG